AUGGAGUCCAUCCAGAAGGCUAUCAUCGAUCCUCUCCAGCCUAUCCUUCGUCCAGUUGUUUCGUCGCUGCCAGAACCGGUCCAUGAUGCCAUCAUUUCCCUGAUUGGAUCUCCUUGCUACAGAGCCCUCGUACUCGAUCUCGAUGUCACCAAAGAUCCUUCCUGCACGUCCCUUGCCAUCUCCAAGGCACUUGGGAUUGCUAUUGUGGGCGCAAGUGCUAUUGUGAAGGUUCCCCAGAUCUUGAAGCUGAUCUCCUCCCGCUCGUCGGUCGGUGUUUCGUUCGUCUCGUACGCCCUGGAAACCACCAGCCUGUUGAUCACGCUGUCUUACAGCGUGCGUAACCAGUUCCCCUUCAGCACCUAUGGCGAGUCGGCCUUGAUUGCGAUUCAGGACGUUGUGGUUGGAGUGCUGGUUUUGACCUUUGCAGGCCGUCCGGCAGGGGCGGCGGCUUUUAUUGCUGUCGUUGCGGCCAGUGUGUACGCAUUGCUGGUGGACCACACUUUUGUAGAUGCGCAGACCAUGUCGUAUCUGCAGGCUGGUGCCGGUGCUUUGGGAGUGGCAAGCAAGGCGCCCCAGAUCUAUACGAUUUGGCGUGAAGGGGGAACCGGACAACUGAGCGCUUUUGCUGUUUUCAACUACCUCGCCGGCUCCCUGUCUCGCAUCUUCACCACACUUCAGGAAGUGGAUGACCAGCUGAUUUUGUAUGGGUUCUGUGCGGGAUUUGCCUUGAACUUAAUCCUGGCGUUCCAGAUGCUGUACUACUGGAACAACCCCGUCAAAUCAAAGAAGAAGCAGACAUCCAAGCCCAAACCCGUGGCGAACGUUACUACUCCAGCAACACGCAGCUCCGGGGUAUCUCCUAAGCCAUCCGGCAAGACACCGACCACGCGACGACGGGGUUAG